AAGAAAAAAAUGCAGUGAGUUCGUGUGUGUGUGUGUUGUUUUCAUGCAUCCCCAGAGCAGAUUUUUAUCAAUUUACUAUAGUACUAUGGUCUAAGGUUGUGUGUGGAUGUAAGAACAGAGUCCACAUAAGGAGUAAGGAAAGUGCCCUGAAGCUGCUGGAGAAGUUGGUUCUAAGGACGACUUGACCCGGGCAAAGAAGGACUGUGUGUGGCAUAGCCGUCAAGCAUGAAGUGGAAUCUGUUCAAGAAGAAGCCAGAAGCCAUGGUUGGACCCGAGCCGACCGGCGCCGCUGUCCUAACCGUCGCCCCGGGACCCGUGGCUCCCACCUCUUCAGACAACUCCACAGAGGCCGUCAAGAAUGGUGACUUUGAUGACAUCAAAAAUAAGUUCCUCAACGAGAUCGACAAGAUCCCACUUCCCUCUUGGGCCAUCAUCGCCAUUGCUGUGGUAGCUGCCACGUUGAUUCUCACGUGCUGCUUCUGUAUCGUUAAGAAGUGCUGUUGCAAGAAGAAGAAGAACAAGAAGGGCAAGAAAGGGAAGGGUGAAAUGGGCUUGAAGAACAUGAAAGGAGGAGAGAAACAGGAUGAUGAUGACUAUGAUGAAGAUGAUGCCGAGACUGGUAUGACCGGAGAUGAGAAAGAGGAAGAGGUGAAGGAGAAAGAAAAGCUCGGGAAGCUCCAGUACUCCAUUGAUUAUGAUUUCCAGGAUAACAAGCUCACAGUGGGCCUCCUCCAAGCAGCUGACCUCCUGUCCAUGGACAGUGGAGGCACCUCUGACCCCUAUGUCAAGGUCUAUGUUCUCCCAGACAAAAAGAAGCAUUUUACCACCAAGGUGCACAAGAAGACAUUGAACCCUACCUUCAAUGAGACCUUCAUCUUCAAGAUUCCCUUCCAGGAGAUGGGCGGCAAGACUUUAGUCAUGCAGGUCUUUGAUUUUGACCGCUUCUCCAAGCAUGACGUCAUUGGAGAGGUUAAACUGCCGUUACACAAACUGGAUCUGGCCCAGCCACUGGAGGAGUGGAGGGAUUUGGACAGCGCAGAGAAAGAAGAGCAAGAGAAGCUGGGAGAUAUCUGCAUCUCUCUGCGUUACGUGCCCACUGCAGGGAAACUCACCAUAUGUAUCCUAGAGGCCAAGAACCUCAAGAAGAUGGAUGUGGGAGGACUGUCAGAUCCUUAUGUAAAGAUCCACUUGCUGCAGAACGGCAAGCGUCUGAAAAAGAAGAAGACCACGGUGAAAAAGAAUACUCUGAAUCCAUACUACAAUGAGUCGUUCAGCUUUGAAAUCCCUCUUGAGCAGAUGCAGAAAAUCCAAGCCGUGGUCACAGUGCUGGAUUACGACAAGAUUGGUAAGAACGACGCCAUCGGGAAGAUCUGGGUGGGGAGCAAGGCCACAGGGACCCAGCUGAAGCAUUGGUCCGACAUGCUGGCCAACCCACGACGCCCCAUUGCCCAGUGGCAUCCGCUGCAGCCUGAGGAGGAGAUCGAUGCCGCUCUGGCAGCCCUGAACGCCAAGAAGUAAACGUCUGCACACGCCCGUACCCAAACAUACCCGUCCACCUCACCCCUCUCCUGCACCUCUCCCAAAACUGAAUUCCCGGGCAACUUGCCAACCAAUUCUACACCACUGACUGCAAAAGAUACAUUCAAUAUCUACACAAAUUGACAUGAUGAAAAAUAAGAGAUAUUUAAGGUAUCAUACCCCCCCCUCCCCACACACACACACACACACACACACACAUCCCAGCUGUGCCAUUCCAGAAGAAGACAGUGAGAUGUUAGAAGACUUAUUCAAUUUAUUUAAUUUAUGACAUAUUUUUAUAACAGGGUUUGUAGUUUGUUGCAUUGUGUCAUUGAGAUAGGGGCAUAUGAUGUGAAAACAAUAGUCUGAUGUGAUGGAGGGUUAAGGAAAUAAAACUACACAUUCACUCAUUCUUUACCUUGUCACCUCCUCCUCUUAGAGACACUGUUUGCUUCAAUACUGCUUAAUACUUAAGAUGCUUUAUACUGCCAUAAAAUAGAGGAAAAACACAAGCAGGUUCAUUCCUUAGGUGUACUUGUUGCACCAUGCUCCACACCUGCCAGUCAUUUAGAGUACUUAAUACAUAUACUAUAUACUAUUCCAUUAGUUUCAAUGACAUUCCUAGUUGGGUAGAUAUUAGGGAUAGACAAUAUCCAGUUAGCCCACACUAUUAACACACUGCCUUUUGGAUUAUUUGCUCAUCUGCUCAAACCAUAUUCUCAGGUAGGCCAACACUGAGAGAAAACUGAAACUUCAUGCCUUUUUUCUAAACGGGUUGUUAUUCAAAAUACUCCUCAACACAAUCAGAGAAUAGUGUUUCGAUGAUUUGAAAAUCUCAGUCCGGUGCUGGAUUGGUUUCGUUUUCCGUGAUCUGACGCUAGUCUAUGUCCGACCACUGAAAUGGCAACAGGAGAUACAGUAGUCUUUCAAUAAAACCGUUUGUGGCUGUCAGCUGUCAGAGUUGAGAUGUGAAACAUGUUUAGGAUAAAGGGACUAUGAGCCACUGAGUGUGUCCAGCAUGGCCUAUGCUGGGAAAUCAUGUAUGGGAGAGAAUAUGUACGUGGAAACUGGAAGGACUGAAUGGAACCCUGGCUGACACGGUGUUGUUGGUCAGGGGUCUGUUCUGCUGCCUGGAAUCUACCACCUUUCCCUCCAAUCCAAUGCCUCUACUGUCUAUGAUCUAUCUCCCUGUUCAGUGCUACUGCCAUUAGUCAUGGACUCACAACAAGGAUUUCACUUCUUUAAAGGAAUCCCUGUGUCCGUCUUACAGUCAUAAAGGAGACAAGCCUUCCAAGUAAUGAAAUAAGCAAUUCUCAACUACCAGGGACGCCUUCCAAUUAGCUGUGUUGUUUUUUUAUUCCCUUUUUAUUCUUUUCAACUUUUGUUCCUCAAGCACUUUAAAUCAAAAUGUUCUGUUUUUAUUCUACUCUCCGAAUACCAGAGCUUUAAUAAUUUAUUUUAUGAUGAAUAAUUCCUGGUAAAAAAAAAAAAAACAGUAAGUGAGAAUUUCUAAGUGAAUCAUUGUUUAUGUUGGUUUGUUUGAUCAUUUAAACCUUGUCUUUCUUGUGAAUAUACUGUACUUUGAUUGUUCUGACAUUUUUCCUAAGUUUGUUGGAUAUGGAAUGGAAGGAGGUACUGUUACAUGUAUGUUAUACAAUUAUUACCAAACUGCUGAAUCUAAUUGCACUACACUGGAAUUCACUCUGUUAUGUGGUUAUAGAUGUUGUUCUUUGAUCUAUGUCAUUUUUGUGAUGAGAUGACGUGAGCUUGAGUUGGUAGUGGCAUGUACCUGCCACACGUGUUGGAAAGUCAUCUGAUUGGGUGAGAGACACAUUUCAAUCAAAGGCUGCUCCUCAGAUUUGUUGCUGAAUGAGUGAUUUUUAUUGACUUUCUCUUGAGACAAAUUUUAAUAUAAAACUGGUCAUAUGACUAAAAUAUAUGUACAAUUUGAGCAGUGAAGUCCAAGCAAAUUACCAUUAUACAUUAGAGCCACACUAGUAAAUGAAUGGGCUAUGAACUGUCCUAUGGCACCAUCUUGUUUCAAACAUUAAAAAGGUCCAAAGCAAGGCAAUGAUGUCUUUCAAUGACGUCAAAUAACAGCUUAAAUGGAAGAACAAACGAAGCAGUUAAAUAUUUGGGAGUGUGGCAAAUUUCAAUGAAAGACCACUCCUCAGAUUCAUUGCUGGAUGAGUGACUUUUUACAUUUGGACAUUCUCUUGUGGCUAAUUUUAUUGUAAACCUAUACAUAUGACUAAAUUAUAUGUAAAAUGUAAACUGUAAAAGUCCUAGCAAAAUACCAUUAGAUCCGCACAAGUAAAUGAAUGGGGUAUGAACUGUCCUUAACACACCAUCUUGUUUCAAACAACAGAAGGGUCCAAAGCAAGGCAGUGAUGUCUUUCAAUGGCAUCAAAAACUACUUAAAAGGAAGAACAAACAAAGCAGUUAAAUAUUUUAACAGAUUGACAACUUUUAUAUGUCUUUGGGAAUUACAAUAUUGAAUGUUGGUUAAUUUAUUGUUUUUCUCUAUUGGACAUUCAUAACUUCUAUAUGUCCAGUAGAGGUCAGAUUAGUUAUGUUUUGCAUUUAAUUUAAUUUAUUUUCUUCUGUUCGAAAGCAACACUAAAGAAAAGACAACAUGCAAGCAAUCAAACAACCCAUCAGUGUGUAGUUUUGCCUAUAUACAUAGUUCAUACAUGUUGAUAGUGCAUGUUUCUACAAAAUACUGUACAUAAGAGCAUGUUUUAGAGAUAAAGCAAAAAUAUCUUGUGUACGUAUCUGGGUGUCAUUUCUCAUUUUAAUACCGUACCACAAUGGAGGGAAAAAUAUGCUCUGUAUAUUUUCUAAAUGAAAAGAAUGUGUAUUUAUUUCCAUGAAUGGGUUAUUGGAGAGAAUGUCAUAAUAUAUUCAAAUGCUACGAUCCUCUCCGCGUCUGAACUUUUAAGCAAGUGUCAUCAAGUACUGUGUGAUUUCAUGUAGGAUGAAAAUGUAGCCGCAUGCUUGCUAUCUAAAUCCUUUUGUUUGACUUAACAUCACUUAUUUAAAAUAUGUUUAUUUAUUCAUACAACUAUUUAUUUAUUCAAUUCAGACAAUAAGUCUAUGUUUGUAUUCUUACCAAAUAUCAAAUAUAGUAGGAUGGCUCCAAGUUCAAGAAUCACAUUUUAUUCCAAAGUGGAACUGCCUGAGGAUCAGCUCCAAUUCUGAAAUACAUCACGUUUACAUGACUUUGUAAAGAAAAAGAAAAUGAAUGAUUUUGGACUUUUAUAACAAGGAUACUGUUUAGGAGGCUACAGAGCCUUCCUGAAAUGAGGCCACACACCUAUACAAUGUGGAAAUAGCUUGGAGUCCCCUACAGUUUUUGUUUUACUUUGUGUUUGUUUAAUGACCCAACACCCUUCGCAAAUAUGUAUAUUUCAUGUGUUUAUUGAACAAAUAUACAGUAUGUGUAUGUGUAUACAGAUAGAUGAAUAAGAUAAAAACUAAAGCCAUAAGACUCAAGCACUAACUCUUUAGAGCUCUGAUGUGUAACUAGAGUUAUUGAUUUGUCAAAAAAAACACUUCUCCAUCUUCCUAGGCCAGUGUUUCUCUUUUACAUUCCGUUCAGAACUCUGUACUCAUCUAGAUUCUAGAGGGCAAAAUACAAUCUAGCUACAUGUGAGCACUGAGAGCAGUUGUGAGUUUAGUAGAAUGGAUGUGAUUUUGUUUUUCUACUUUGAAAUCGUUGAAGCUGUCUUUAUUGUAUAAAUGUAGUAGCUGAUUUUUUCCAGUGAUGUAAUUUGUAUAUGCCUUGUUUUGAUAGUACGAAUCAUGGGCCAUGAGUCUUCUUAUCUCACAAGAUUUUAUUGAAAAUACUAAAAGACGGCAUCCAGACCGUUCAAUGAAAUAAUGGUGUCAGGCUGGCCUGUUGGUGAUCAUUUGGCUGAGUGUGAUUCAUUCAGGAUCCUGAUUGCAUUGUGUGGAUCCUCUCUAUAAGAAAUAUUUAGUUCCCAAACAGCUAAUCUCAUUCUCAGAAACACCUGCCCAAAUGCGCUGUGCGCAGUAGCCUGCGGACAAGGUUACCAGACAACCACAUUUUCAUUCCCAGUAGCUUUACAGACAUUACAUGGUGAUCAGAGAUUUGGCAGAAAAAUACAUCACACUUAAGCAUGCUAAACGUCCUAGUGAAGCACUAACAAUGCUAAGCAUUAACGUUUGAUCAGCAGAUGCUGUGUUCAUGGUAAACAGUGAAGUUAUAUAUAACACUUUGAUGGAAACUAUUAGUUCCAAGUCGACAUUUACUCUAGUUGCAACACUAGUGAAAUAAUAACCAUAGUGUUGCCUGAUCACAUUCAAUUAUGUUUACAACCAUUUCAUAAUUGUAACGUUGAUAUUGCUUCUUCACUCAAACUGUAAUCAAUGAUUUUAAACUGUGACCAAGCCGAUGAUCGUGAAACAUUAAUCCAGUUGGAGAUUUCCCUGUUUUACCAAAAACACUGCCAGAACAACUCUCCCUAUAUUUACAAUUCCAUGAAAUUCCAGUGAUCUGUUUGAAUCCAUUUCAGAACCCAAACAGUUCCACUCAUGUGGAUGCAGAUUAGCUGAUCAAUAAACUGUGAUUAAUGGUUCACACACAGCACAUAUUAAAAUGAAUGGAUUGUUUUAAUGCGUUUUACACUGCCAUGGUCACUGCAGCCACGGACGUAACAGUUAGGCCUAUGGGGGGACGAGACAGACAACUGUGUGUGUGUGUGUGUGCUUGUGUGUGUGUGUGUGUGGGUGUGUGUGUGUGUACAUGUAUGUCUGUUAUAGGAACAAAAAGCAUAGACCCUUUAUAAAGUUGGUUGUUGCAGUGCAAAAACACAGCAACUUACUAUACCUAAACAUAUAUAUCUGCAUGCCCAGAAAACAUAAACCAUUCCUAAUUGUACAUUUUUGUGAUGAAAAUAUAACAAUCAUGAGUUUAGAGUAGAGUUAAAAAUUAUUUAUAUUAUAGGAUUGCCUAUUUUUUCAUAGUCUAAGGCCUGAGCUCAAUCAGAUUGCAGGUUUUUAGGCAUUGCAGCAUUUGAAGACAGUUUCCUAUUGAUUUGACAUGCAGCGUUAACCAUGAAAGAGAUCUUUGCACGAGGAAACAUUGCCUUUGAAAUCCACGGUGCCUUUAACCUGCAAUCAGAUUGUCUACCUUAUGCAUAAUUGCUUUAGAAACUAACUUUAGGCUGUAUCUCAGCAGGUGAAGGAACAAUGAAAUGAGAGUAUAAAGAUACACACACUAGCCUACAUACCACUGUUGUUUUACCAGGCUUCGUAAAUUAAGUUCUUUGUAAAAAGGGUCUAUGGGAUUUACAAAGGGAAACCCUCCAAAGUAGUCCGUCAUACCAAUUUAAUGUUUUAGGGAGUGUCUCAGUGGGCCUAGAUCACUAACCUCCUAAACAAUGUGUUCUCCUGUCUCUGUGUAGCUCGCUUUGUGUUUCUUUGUACUGUAAUAUUCAUGUCAGUGUUGUGUUUCUAUUGUAUUAUAUUUAGAAUGCAAAACUGCAUUAGGACCAAUGGAAGAGACAAUUAUUGAACUUUCUACCAUGAAUUCAGUUUCUCUGUCUAACCAUUGUACUGUACUGUUGUUGUGGAACUGGGCUCCCUUGGGUCUCCUUUGAAUCCAGAAUUACAAUGUCUGAUUUUCUGAGGAUCGUCGGCCUUCACGUUUACAACAUGGAUAUAUAUAUAUAUACUGCCAAUACACAGACCAGAACCAACCAACGUUCUUGAACUCUUCCUUCACUUCUCAUUGUCCAUACUAGAAUUGUAUUUCAAAAUGCUUCUCUUUUUUUUCUCAUUUCUUUUUUUCAUCCUCUUUUUAAGCCUCGGAGGACCGUGAGACUGCGUCCUCGUGUGUUUCUGCGUGUCUUAGUGUUGUGGUGGUGUGUUCAUGUCAGUACUUGUGUCUACUGUGGAUCGCAUGCUUUAGCCCUUGACUGGAAACAAACGUUGCUCAAGUACAACUCCCACUGCUCAGAGGUGGAUGAGCCUCCUUGUAAAGUAAUCAAGGGAACCAAAUAACUCAAUACAGAUUUAUCAUAAGUGUUACCAGCUCUGUACGAAACGAAUAGGAAAUAAAGGCCUUUUAAUUAG